UGAUUUAAAUUCAUCCCAUUUUAAAUUAUUGCAAAACUUGUUCUUUGAAACUCCAGGGCACUGCUUUAAAUGCAAGUAAAUUGUUUUGAUCUAUUUACCAAAAUAUCCAACAUAACUCGAUUUGUGGAAAAUUCUGACAUUAAAAUUAUUAUUUUCUGUACAGAUAGUCAAUCUGGUGGGACUUCACUAGACGUACUACUUGCUCUGCUGCAAACAGAAGGAGCAAAAAUUGAAGAGGAAACUGAGAUCAUGGCUCAGGAGUUUCUGGAUGGUGAAAUGCCAUUGGACAUUUUCAUUGAGCAAUAUCAGAAUAAAAGGAAACUGGCUCAUCAGCGGCGGGUAAAAAUUGAGAAAUUGCAAGAGAUUGUCUUAAAAGGACCGGGGCUAAAUCAAGCACGGUUGCCACAGCUACCGAAACAACCUGAGCCAGUACAAACAAAUCAGAACUCCUACUCCACAGAAUCAAACACUCCCACUGUUAUGCCUAGGAGGGUUCCACCACCCCCACCUGUUCAACCAGGUGCCUUUCCCACUCCAUUCACAAGUGCGGCCCUGGGCGCGGAAUCGGUACCUCCUUAUCCAGUACCUGCUGCUUUCCCUUCUAUCCUGCCAAGAUCUGGAAACAGUGCUCCAAUUUCCACAUCUCAAUUAGGUUAUCCGCUACAGUACAGGCCACCUUGUCCUCCACCAGUCGCUCAGAAAGCUGGACAGCGUCCUCCUCAACCAGGCUUUAUUUUGCAGUAACUUUAUUAAAUGGAGUCCAUUGCACUUUUUGUGUAGGUGCUUUUAAUUCUACUGAAAUGUUCAGUGUCUCUUAAAGCAUACGUGACCUAUAUUUCUUUGAGGAGGGGGUUACAUCUUUUGUGUUAGGAGACUGCAAAUUAGAAGUUUCCUUCCACAUGGCAUCUUUCAUAAGAAUUUCAGAAAAUUAUGUAUAGCAGCAAAGUUCUAUUUUGUGCAAACACUUUUUUUGGAUAAAAAGUUCAAAGAUGUAAUGGGGCCUUUACCCCUCUAUUUCAAUUUUAUAACUCUCUGAAUCUGUUGCACUUUUUGGAUUGAGGCCGUCAGUAGAAAUUCACUAGAUUCAACUGAUGCAAAACAUUUACAAAAAAAAUACAAAUACUCUCAGAGGAAGUGAAUUAAAAUUUAAGAUCAGACCAGUAGCAGACAGUUUCUGGAAAUUUUUAGAGCUAAGUUGAUUUGUUCCUGAAAAUUUAUAUUUUUCAGCUUUUAUAUACUAAUGAUCCUCCAUAGACUGACCCUGGCAGGUCAAAGUAUGCUAGCAGUUUUGAUUCCUAUAGGAAGGGUGGGGUGAGGACACUGAAGAUUACGCCUGUGUGACUGUAUGAUUGGGUAUAUUUUUUUUCCACCCCUCUGUUGAAUCUGACUGUUUGUUUUUGAAGGAAGGAGGUGGUUUACUAAUCUCCAUUAUUUCAUAUGAAUGGAGUAAAUUAAAUGAAUAUUGAUUAUUUUUCACUUCAGUGUCAUGCUAAAGUUUCUUAACUAGCUGUGAUCAGUUAAACAGGAUUGGCCAAAAAGUUGAAAUAUUGGCUUGUCUUAUUGAUAUGUGUACCAGCCACUUUAAAUCUUUACACACCUGUGACUAUACCAUACAUUGUUCUCUUUAGCCACUUUUGACUUGCUUUAAUUAUAAAGCUUGAUUCAAAGUCUUGUCUUUAGCACCAGGAUGAAAAGGAAUGUAUCACGUCAACUGUUUGUAUGCCCGGCUUUUUGAAGUCAAUGAAUCUGAAUGUCAGACUUAUCACCAGUUUCUGCCUCACCUAAUCUACAACUAACUAUUCUUCUCAUGUUUUUCUAUUAUGAGUUACAGGAGCUGGAUUCUGUUUUAAACUGUUACCCUGUAAUGAAACUCAUUUAAAUUUGUGCAAGUAUAUAGUGUAAAAAGAAAAGUUAAGGGAAGACUGUCAGAUGACUCUGUUUCACCCAGAUGAAUUAAGAAAACUGUAAUACUUCAAAUUUUUUUUAAAAAUUGGUCAGCUGCGUUGCACAGUUGUCUCUUCUAUCUGAUCAAUGAUGCAUGUUAAGCGGUUCCAUUCAGGGCUAAAAGCAAAUGGGCUACUUCAUUUAUUUGCAAACUCGUGACUCAAGGUAUCAUAUGGCUGAAUAUUGAGUCUAAACAUAUGUUUGUAAUGUGCCUUAGUAAUAUUUGUCAUAAGGGACCGUGGGAAAUGUUUUACUUUGUAAACUUGUGAUGCUCAUGCAAGCAGUACUUUUAAUGAAAUGUAUGCAUUUUGGGGAAAUGGAGUUGGAGGAGGAAGGGGACUGUUGAUGGUAAUCAGAUUAUUUGACUAUUUAAACUAGUAGUGUGCAGUAUGUUGAGUAACAAAACUGUAAUCUCCUAUUGUUGAUAUUAAAAUGGAAUAAAUUA